UCCGCUGCUGUCAUUUAGGCGACGGACGAAAAACGUGCGAACGCAAAAACCUGCUGGAACCGGAGAAGUUGGGUGGCUUUACCAUGUUAACACUAACAUUGAGACAACUAUUUAGGCCGGUGUGCCGUGUUUCGGCCAGCGUCAGAUCCCAGCAUUCAGCGGCGGUGGUCUCUGAUGACGAGCGCUCGUGGACGGGACAGGAGAGUCUGUCUCAAGACGACCCCGAGAUGUGGGAGCUUCUGCAGAAGGAGAAGGACAGACAGUGCCGAGGACUGGAGCUCAUCGCCUCCGAGAACUUCUGCAGUCGUGCGGCUCUUGAGGCUCAGGGUUCGUGUCUCAACAACAAAUACUCUGAAGGAUACCCAGGAAAAAGUCUCUCUCUCUCUCAGCCUAAAUCCGGUCUGAUAGACUAUGAUCAGAUGGAGUUGACUGCGAGACUCUUCAGACCCAAACUCAUCAUCGCCGGCACCAGCGCUUACGCUCGCCUCAUCGACUACAGCCGCAUCAAGAAGCUGUGCACCGAGCUGAAUGCGUACAUGCUGGCGGACAUGGCUCACAUCAGCGGACUGGUAGCAGGCAAAGCCAUUCCCUCGCCGUUCCAACACGCCGACCUCGUCACCACAACCACACACAAAUCACUGCGAGGAUCCAGGGCGGGGCUUAUCUUCUACCGGAAGGGCGUGCGCUCGCUGGAUAAGAAGGGCAAAGAGGUCAUGUACGACUUGGAGGAGAAGGUCAACUUCUCUGUGUUCCCUUCGCUUCAAGGCGGCCCGCAUAAUCACGCCAUCGCCGGCGUCGCUGUGGCUCUCAAACAGGCCACGACGCCCAUGUUUUGUGAAUACAUCGCUCAGGUUCUGAAGAACUCGAAGGCCAUGGCCGAGGCGCUGCUGAAGAAGGGCUACACGCUGGUCUCUGGAGGAACUGAUAAUCAUCUGGUUCUGGUGGAUCUGAGGCCUCAGGGGAUGGACGGAGCGCGGGCCGAGCGUGUUCUGGAGCUGCUGUCCAUCACAGCCAACAAGAACACCUGCCCUGGAGACAAGAGCGCACUGACCCCCGGCGGCCUGAGACUCGGAUCCCCUGCUCUCACAUCUCGUCAGUUCAAGGAGUCUGACUUCCAGCAGGUGGUGGAUUUCUUCGAUCAGGGCAUCAAGAUCGCUCUGGACGUCAAGAAGAAGACCAAAAAGCUGUCAGAUUUCAAGAGUUUCCUGCUGGAGGACUCGGAGACGGCGUCUCGUAUCGCUGAUCUGCGUCGUCGCGUUGAAGCUUUCGCUCGUCCGUUCCCCAUGCCUGGAUUCCACGACCAUUAAAGCAGCAGAUCAACCAUUAGACCUUGUCUUUUUUUGUUUAGCUUUACGAUCAAUCACUACAUUAUUAAUCAUUUACUGCAACUAAAAGUCUUAAAACGACGAGUAGUGCACUUACACCACCGGUCAAAACGAUUUUUUAUGUUUUUUACAGGAGUUUCUUCUGUUCAUCAAGGCUGCAUUCAUUUGAUCAAAAA